GCGGCGCCCGCGUCCGCCGUCCGCGUCUUCCGCCCUCCUCCCCGCGCCAAGGCCCCACCCGCUCCGUCUGCAUUGGCCACGCUUCGCCCGCCCCUACCCCCGCCCCGGCGAAGACGGCAGUGGCCGCGCCUUCGGCCGAGGGGCGCUGCAGCGGAUCUGGACGGAGAGGGGAGGCGCGGAGCGUUCCUCGGUUCGGCCCUGCUCAUCUAACGCCCAGCGACGCCGCGGACUCGUCUCGCCGGCCGAGGCGAGCUUGCAAGCCCAGCUGCCUGGCAGGGCGAAAAAGAGACAAACUAAACGCCAAAGAACUUCCAGCCUCUGCUCCUGCCUGGUUUUAUUUUAUCUUCUGUAAUUAUUUCUGAAAAAAAUAACCAAAAAUACAUCGCCGUGUUUUUAACAAUUCGUGCCGCGUAUGCAGCUGUUUCCAGCACACCCCUGAUAAACAAAGGAAAAGGGGGAGGGGGCCACGUUUCGCGGAAGACAUGCGUUCCGUCAGGAAGAGGUGGACUGCGUGCACCAUAAGUCUCCUCCUGAUCUUCUAUAAGACGAAGGAAAUAACACGGACCGAGGAGCGCCAGGAGGCAGCUCUCGCCGGAGAUGGUAUACUGAGUUUGAGUAGAUCAAUGAUCAAUAACUCCGAUAAGAUAAUUCAAAAGAGUGGCUCCUCAAUUUUCCAACAUGCUGCAGGAGGUUGGAAAAUCAAUUCUUCUUUGGUAAUGGAAAUAAGGUGGUUUGCUAUGCACCUUUCUUCCAUGUUACAGAAGAAUAUUCUUCAGUUCUUGGAUGCCGAAAGAGAUGUCUCGGUGGUCAAAAGCAGCUUCAAGCCUGGAGAUGUAAUUCAUUAUGUACUGGAUAGACGACGCACUCUAAAUAUUUCUCAGGAUUUGCACAGCCUUCUCCCUGAAGUUUCCCCAAUGAAAAAUCGCCGAUUUAAAACCUGUGCAGUUGUUGGGAAUUCUGGCGUCCUUCUGAAGAGUGGUUGUGGAAAAGAGAUUGACAGCCAUGACUUUGUAAUAAGGUGCAAUCUAGCUCCUGUGGUGGAGUAUGCUGCUGAUGUGGGAACUAAAUCUGAUUUUAUUACCAUGAACCCUUCAGUUGUACAAAGAGCUUUUGGAGGCUUUCGGAAUGAGAGUGACAGAGAAAAAUUUGUGCAUAGACUGUCCAUGCUGAAUGACAGUGUCCUUUGGAUCCCAGCUUUCAUGGUCAAAGGUGGAGAGAAGCACGUGGAGUGGGUUAAUGCAUUAAUCCUUAAGAAUAAAUUGAAAGUGCGAACUGCCUAUCCAUCACUGAGACUUAUUCAUGCUGUCAGAGGCUAUUGGCUGACAAACAAGGUGCACAUUAAACGACCCAGCACUGGUCUUCUCAUGUAUACACUUGCUACCAGAUUUUGUGAUGAAAUUCACCUGUACGGAUUUUGGCCAUUCCCAAAGGAUUUACUUGGAAAACCAGUCAAGUAUCACUAUUAUGAUGAUCUGAAGUAUCGGUACUUUUCUAAUGCCAGUCCUCAUAGGAUGCCAUUAGAGUUUAAAACAUUGUAUGUGUUACAUAACAAAGGAGCACUUAAAUUAACAACAGGGAAAUGCAUACAGCAAUAAAGCACUAGUAUUGUACAAUAAAUACAGAAUACACACCUCAUCAUAAAGAUCAUAAAGAUGAUGUGAAAUGGCAGUGGGACCACUGUGGGGAUUUGUUUCAAUACCCACGAAGUUAUUGGAAGAACGUGUUAUAUCAGAAGUACAUAACCAGCUGUUAUACCUGUAAAGUGCUAUAUAACUAAGCUAUCCUGACAGCAAGGGUUUAAGUGCCACUUUUACUAAAAAGAAAGCUUGAAUGUAUGCUCAGUAGUGUUUACAGGAUGCAGUGACACAUUCAUCACAAAUUAAAGAAGAAAAAGAGCCUGCCAAUUUGCAGCUGUGGUCAGACAGCCCACGCAGGAAUACCCAGUGGAUGGAAUAUUUACUUGAGUAAAUAAAUCAGGCUUCGGCAGAAAAUGUCAUGAUGGAUUUAAGUAGAGAAAGUGAAGUCUGUAAGAUCAAAAAAAUUAGUAAAUGCCUUCAAUCAGAGAACUGUUUCUGAUAUUGUAUUAUAACUUCAGUUUUUGUUGCUGUUUUUAUUGCCGUUGGUUGGGUUUUGUUGCUUUUAAGUUUUGGAGCCCUUACAAGAUUUCAAGGAAUGAGUAAUUACAUUUUUUAUCUUAUGGGAUUGUCUUAAGGAAAGAAGAUUUGUAAGCAUAGGAGGAUGGAGCGGAACGUCAAAUAUUUUACCGAGUGUUAUUGUGUCGCAUCCUGCUGUCACACAUUCCUCAACAUCCCAAUUGUUUUUCUAGAUACCCAGUACCCAUUACAUGAAACCACACAGAUACCAUUUUGAUCUGACUUAUAAGUUUUUCUCUCCUGUAGAGAUUUGAAGGCAUUCAAGAGGGUGCCCUUAUUUUCAGUGCCAAAGAUAACUUUUAUACACAUUUUUCCCUUAUCUUGUAGAAAUGUUGUGGAUUCAUGUUUCUUUGCUGCUUAAAGGAACAUAUUCUUUGUUAUUUAUAUUUUUUAAGCAUCUCAAAUCAAAGCUCUUUUAUAGACUUCACAUAUAGAAUUCUUCAGAAAAAUCUGCAAAGGAGUAAAGAAAUUCCUUCAUGUAUUCAAAUACAUAUGUGUGUAUAUCUAGCUAUAUAUAUAUAUAUACACAUGUAUGUAUGUAUAUAGUUUUAUCCUUGGUGGAAAGAAAAGGUCUAAAGAAACUCAGGUGACAGCAGAACUAAAGGGAAAAAAAACACCUAGCCAAUUAAUGGGAAAAGAUGUAGAUCAUACAGUUCUUUUAAACUUCUAAUGCUGUUAAAUGAUCUCUUUAUUUAAUAUACCUCUUGUAUAAUUUAGAUGUUCUGAUGUGUGUAUGACUGAAAUAACACAUUAUCUCACAGUUGGUUUUUUGAUCAUCAGUCUUGUUUAUCCAAAAAAAGAAGAGUUCUUUCACUUCCUUCUUUCCAAGAAAAAAGAAAACAAGAAAUUACAGGAGUAUAGGAGAGUGGAGUGUCAGUACAGCACACAUUAAGGAAUAAAACUUGUUGUCCUAUCAUGUAUUUUAGUGCUAAAGGAGCACUAAAUAGGUUAACAUCAUGGUUUCAUAUCUUUCCUGUUAUGCUUGGCUAAGGAGUAGGCGUGCAGGUAUAAUGUAUGGAUAUUUUCUUGUUAUAUUUUCAGAGCUACAUUAGGUCUUGAUCUCCAAAUAUGAUAUUCAGCAUAUCUACUGAAUUUUUAAUUAGUUUGAGCAAUUUCAUAUGUUUUACCAAUCUCACAGACAUUUAUUAGCUGAAAAUGCUCUUUAUUACCCAUUUUCUUAAGUUCAUGUAUUUCAUUAUGCAUGAUUGGAGAUCUGGGAUUAUUGGUAGCUAAAUCAGUGCCUUGCGGUCAAAUAUUACAGGAAGUAGAAAGUCAGUUUUGUUAUAUGUAAGAUACAGUAACAUCUUUCCCUAGUCACCAGACUCUUGUACUUAGGACAGUUUACUGUGGCCACAUGCUAAUGUGCAAUAAGUGGUCCUAACAUGAAACUCACUGAAACCAAGGCAUCAUGAGGAAGUAAACAGCCAUGCAGACUGGAAUGUGUUUUAUUUGGUGUUUAUAAACCAGAGGGUGCUAUUUGUUCUCUAUGUACACCUUCAUUUUAAUACAAGGUUAUUUCUUCAAUUAAGGGUAAGCAUAUUCUUCUUCUUGCUGUUAGGGUUUUGCUACUGUUGAUCUUCUAAAGCAUAUUUCAUACACAUUGACAAAAUUGCUAUUGAAAUAAAGAAUUCACAGAUUGCCAGUCUCUCAGAAGCUCAGAGAAACAUCUGCUCAGCUUUAUCUUCUCGGAGUGUCUUUUCUUCUCUCUAGUGUCAGGCCAUUGACAAACCUCAUGCUCAAGUAGUCUAAAAUAUUAACUGACAGAUGAUUUUGUUCACCUGUGGAAGGUUUGAGAAUGUCAAUUGAUUAUGUAUCUGACAGCAAAAUGGGUACUCUUGCAUUCCUUGGCAGUAAAAAAAAUAUUUGUGCAAAUGAAUACAUGAAAAGAGUAUCAUACAAAUAGAAAGAUAGGUGAGAGAAUUUGCAUUUAAAAGUCAGCAGAGAAAUUAAACCUUGGCCUAAGCCUUGGUUUAGCAUGCUUCACAUUUGAUUUUCUGCAAGUGAAGUUAAGUUUAGUACAAAAGCCAUGGAGUCAAGAUUUUUACCAAAUCGCUAAAUUUCUCUGACUUGGUUUGGCACAAGACAUGACAGUAGUACCUGCUUCAAUUACAACAGGGUUUUCUCAUACCUCCUCAAAACUGGGCCUUAACCUCAUGCUCUGCAGGCUUUCUACCUUCAGUACUGCACUUUUGGACACUGUGAGCUAUAGGCUCAGGGCACUCAGCUGUCAUCAACACUCAUCCUUCUCACAGCACUCUCCCCUUAAACCAGCACCUAGGUGUGUCUCCUUACCAAAACCAUGGGACUCCACACCAGUACACUUCUCUCACCUGCCUCACUUUAUCCUGAGCUGAGGUGUGAUGUACUGAGGGGUGGGUCUCAAACUAUUCUGUGAGGUAGUUGUCAUCUGACUGUGUUGGUUUUUACAAAAAAUAGUGGUCAUUUUACGCUUGUUCUUUUGUAAGACCUGUGUCCAUGUGGAGCCCAAAGAUUCUGGGUGGCUCUUUGGUCUGUGGUUUGAUGUUUCAAAAAAUUGUUUCGAGAUGGUUUGUGACCACCAGCUACUGUUUGGUCUAAGGUAACCUGAGGUGAGACAUGCCCAGGACUUUCCUUGUUGUUUGCAUUCUACAGCUGGGAAGCUGUGGCAAUGGAUUCAUUGCAGACACCCUUCUUAUCUUUCCCUUAUACUUCCUGGGCUCUUGGGGCAUUUCUGUUAAGGCACCCCAGAACCUAAAUGGAAAAACAGAUUACUUCUAUUGUGUGACUUUUUCCCUAAAGGUGACCCAGGACAUUGCAGCAAAGUUUUAACUGCUCUUUAGAGACUUUGAGGUGAAAUGGAUUUCACUUUGCAGUCCUUUACUGGUUAGCAGUCAACAGCUUAAGUCUUCAUAGCUGCCUUGGGUGAUUUAUGUUGUUUUAUCUAUAUUCACACCUCUGCUGCCAGCAGCACAGAGCAGAUAAUCAAUUUGUAUUAUAAUUACCACUUUUAUAAUCCAAUACCAUCAAUAACUAAAACAAAGUAGUAGGAUAAAAAGAAAGAUCCCUAAUGUAUCUGCCCUGGUGAGGAACAACUGAAAUGCCAAUCAGUUGUGUUCAGAGUGUUCCUCAAAUUUAUCCUCUCAUCAGCUAUAUAAGUUUCCUGCUGUAGUUCCUAAAUGUACAUUAAAAAUAAGAACUGGAAAUUAAAUCAAGACAGCAGACUGCAUCUGUUUUUCCAAAGGUUAUGGCAGCUUUGCAUUAAACAACUUGAUUUCAUUCAGAUAAAUUGAUUGUAAAUUGUUUGUUAAGAUACAUGUUAAUGUUUCUGUGACAGUCCUUCAUAUUUCAUACAACAAUAGAUAAGUGUUUGAUUGUUAACUUUCCAGCUUUGGGAUAGUUCUGUUCCACAGCUCUGAGCCACUCUCCAGAUACAAGAUCUACUGAACCUUUCAAAUCUGACUCUGAUGUGUAGUAACAACUGUAUCAUUCUUUUGUUUGACAAUAUAAGCAACAUGUUUGAGGUCAGUACUUUUUCUCUAAUUGCAAUUUGAAGAAAAACAGGUGCAGGUUCAGUACCUUUUUAAAUUAUUGAUCUAGCAAAGUGCUAAGCCCUCUUUGCGGUGACUUUCCUGGGAGAGACAUGUCCUGGAUUUACAUGGGGAUCUAGAUUAGCAUAUUUCGGGAUAGAACUCUGAAAUUGCACAUUACUUAUUUUUAAGAGCACUGUUACUUUGUGCAAGGAAAAGCACAAUUGUUAUAGAUGUAGAUAAAGGAGAGUACUAUUGCUACUGAGUGUAUGUCAUACAAUUUCUGUGGUUUAAAGUAUUGAUACAUAUUCUUUCAGAAUUGCAAUGUUUGACACUGUUAGUUCUUAUUUCAAGUACAGCUAUGGGGAUUGUUUUUUAUUUGUAUAACUGAAAAAUAAAAAAUUUCCUUUCAUGUUUUCUGCUAUAUUCUGUUCCAUAUUUCUUUGUAACACAUUUAUGAUAAUUUAAUCAAUCUUGUGCUAAUUUUAAGAAUCUGUGGAAGAAGAAUGUCUGCUUCUUAAGGUGUCUGAUCAGGGACUUUCUCAACACAAAAGGGGAUAUUAAGAAAAGGAGGAAGCCAUAAACAGGAACAGAGAGACACAAACCUGUCUGACCAAUAACAAGGGAGGCAGAGAUGAGAACUAAAACUGAUGAGUCACACAAAAUAGUAAGGGUCAAGUGUAGGAUUUUUUAUUCCAGUAUGAUUUUCUGAUCAGGGACUUUGUCAAAAGGGAUUCUAAGGAGAAGGGGGAACCAAAGUGUAUGGAGACCCAAACCUGACAGGCAAAUCAUAAUGGAGACAACAAGAAGAAGCCAACCUCAUCAAUCGCACUGAACAGCUAUCAAUAAACUGUGGGCAAAUGGUACUUUGCAACUGAUAAGAAUGCAGUCCUGGGGGUUCAGAAUGUUGGAGGGGAGUUGAUGGGUCUUUAUAAAUUGGGCAGUGUUCAGGGGAGGAAGAAAAGAGGAACAGACAGAAAAGGGGCCAGUUGCUUGUAAACCAUGGCAGGUCAGUAUGCUUGUCUGGCAGAUUCCUAAGGGUGAUUGCCCCAGUCUAUCUUAAGUCCGUUAAAUCUUCUCUUACCUCCUUCUCUGUGUCAUCUCACUGUCUGUCCUAUGUAUGUGCAUGCUGGAAGGACUCAGUACCAGAUAGUGGGGGACUGUUGUGAGAGAAUUGGGUGCCAGCUGCUGGAGUGCUGAUGAGGGAUGUAGAUGCCCCUGGCCUGUGGUAUUAGCUGCUGGAGUGAGUGGCGGGAAUCUCAGUCACUCUCUACAACUACUGAAUGAAGGGCUUUAUGCCAGGGGGCUUUGCAUUGGAUAUUAGGGAAAAAUUCUUCAUUGAAAAGGUAGUUAGGCAUUUAAACAGCCUGCCCAGGGAUAUGGUGGAGUCAGACCUGGGGGAUGUGCUGUAGUGGUGGAUUUGGUAGUGCUGGGUUAACAGUUUUCCUCAAUGAUUUUAGAGAUCUUUUCCAACCUUAAUGAUUCUGUGAUUCAGUGUCAGCACUGUAGCAAGUAGUGUUGACUAACCUCCUUUUGGGGGAAGGGAAUGCUGGGUGUUAACAAAACCAGAUGCUGGGCAGGCUUUGCAUGAGUGAGGCAAAUGAUCAGCGCUGGUUGCUGCAAUAGAACCACAGCUCACAUUCUAUCCGUGUGGUGCCAGCUGCUGAGAUGAAAUAUCUGUAUUCUCCCUAAACCUGGUGUUGAUGGGGUGCAUGUGGCCAUCACCAGCCAACUUCCAUCUGGAUUAGCCAGCAGGUUGAGGACACAUGGGUGUAAUGAGGGGGUCUGGGAUUGGGGCAGGGGCGCCAGGCAGGCAGAGGUGGCCCCAUGAACAUGCGUAUGCUCAUGAGCCUGGAGAGUGUUCCCGGAGUGUUGCACAUGGGACCUUCUACCUGCCAGCCUAGGAGGAAGAGCAGGGAGCUGUGCAGUACUGUGCAGUGCCAGCGUGAGUGACCAGCUGUGUUGGUGUCCUCUGUGUGUCAUGAGAAUAUGUGCUCAGCUUCACUUCUGUGUGUGCUUGGAAAUGGAAAAAACACUGCCCUCAGUCUGGGCACAGACUCCAGGCCCCCAGGCACUGGAUAUCAGCGAGGCAGGAGAGGUCCUGGCCCA